GUGAUAAAGCAUUUAAAAGGACGCACUCAGGACAAGCACUGUCAAAAGCGUAGAUAAACACCACGAAUCGCGUUUGCAUCCCUGAACACUAUGAAGACGGUUGCUCUGCUUCUACUUCUGACUGGACUGUUGGGUUGUUCACAAGGCUGGCAGAACAACUAUGAUGAGCCUCUAAAUUUUAUCUGUCCUGUAGGCUAUUCGAUAGCCUCCAUAACGAGCAAACACGACAAUAAGCGUGAGGACCGGGUUUGGGACCUUACCUGUCAAGCCACCUACGGCCAGACCGGACAAUGUCACUGGACAAGUUACGUCAAUGACUUUGACCAAGUGAUCCUCUUUGAGUGUCCAGCACAACAUGUGAUCGCAGGAAUAAGCAGCUACCACAGCAACCCCCAUGAGGACAGACGCUGGCGGUUUUACUGCUGUCAAAGUGUGUGCACUUCUGCAAGCUGUCAUUGGACCUCGUACGUGAACAACUUUGAUGAGUACUUCCACUAUGCUGUGCCUUCCCGGAAUGUUCUAGUGGGUGCUCACAGCUACCAUCAAAAUGCUCAAGAAGAUCGACGAUGGGCGUACAGGGUCUGUGCCCAAUACAAUUGUUGAUUCCAGGAUUUAAUACUCUCUUACAGUUCAUGAUGAAUAUUCUCUCAUGAUCCUAUGAAAUAAAUGCAUGUUGAAAACAA